UUCUCUCUCAACGCCCAUCUUCCAACUCCGUCACUACAGCCUUUCCGUCCAUCCGUUGCUUACAACUCACAACAACUCUACCAAUCUCUUUCUAUCGUUAUGGCUCGUACUAAGCAAACCGCUCGCAAGUCCACUGGAGGAAAGGCUCCUCGUAAGCAGCUCGCUACCAAGGCUGCCCGUAAGACGGCCACUGCUGCCGCCACUGGUGGUGUGAAGAAGCCCCAUCGUUUCCGUCCCGGAACCGUUGCCCUUCGUGAAAUCCGAAGGUACCAGAAGUCCACUGAGCUGCUCAUCCGCAAGCUCCCCUUCCAACGUCUCGUUCGUGAGAUUGCUCAAGAUUUCAAGACCGAUCUGCGAUUCCAGUCCUCCGCCGUCAUGGCCCUUCAAGAAGCCGCUGAAGCUUACCUUGUCUCCCUCUUCGAAGACACCAACUUGGCUGCCAUUCACGCUAAGCGUGUUACCAUCCAACCCAAGGACUUGGCCCUUGCUCGUCGUCUUCGUGGCGAGAGGUCUUAAGCGGCCUUUUAUGACUUACCGUUGGCUGCUCUGGUGGUGAUAUCGACAUGUCUACCUUUCAUUUAUUCGCUCGUCUUUCACCUCUCUCGAUUCUGUACUGUAUAGUGUAAAUUUCUAGCCUGCCUAUGUUUCAUCAUGUCACGCAAUAGACAAGCUAUAUAUGA